AGUGGUCCUGGCGUCUUACUGACAGUAGUUGUCAGUGGUCCUGGCGUCUUACUGACAGCAGUAGUCAGGAGAUGGACCACACUGGGGCCACCAGACGCCACACUGACAGCAGUAGUCAGGAGAUGGACCACACUGGGGCCACCAGACGCCACACUGACAGCAGUAGUCAGAAGAUGGACCACACUGGGGCCACCAGACGCCACACUGACAGCAGUAGUCAGAAGAUGGACCACACUGGGGCCACCAGACGCCACACUGACAGCAGUAGUCAGGAGAUGGACCACACUGGGGCCACCAGACGCCACACUGACAGCAGUAGUCAGAAGAUGGACCACACUGGGGCCACCAGACGCCACACUGACAGCAGUAGUCAGAAGAUGGACCACACUGGGGCCACCAGACGCCACACUGACAGCAGUAGUCAGAAGAUGGACCACACUGGGGCCACCAGACGCCACAAGGCCACACAGGCAAGUAACUCUCAGCUCUCACUACACUUUCCUCACUGUUCAUACAGUAGUAAAUGUAUUUUCAUCAAAUGUCAUACAGAAAAUGGGACAUAUUACUGAUAAUAAUGUAAAAAU